AUGGAAUCCUUCAUAAUUAAGAACAAUAAGCUAAGUGGUCUUUUUCCUUCAUUAACAGAUUGUACAUCUAUAAAAAUAAUUGAUUUUGGGCAUAACUCAUUUAAAGGUCCGAUUCCAAAGACAAUUGAGAAUCUUUCAGCCCUACAGGUGCUGGUCGUAAAGGGUAAUUAUUUCAGAGGCAGUAUUCCUUCAGAAAUUAGCAACCUGAAACACCUUCAGAUGCUCGACCUUUCAUCAAAUCAGAUAUCAGGGUUUAUUCUGAACAACAUUCUAUAUUUAAAAGCAAUGACCUUAACAUAUGAUAAAUUUAAUAUGAAUGUCAAGGGUAUAGAUCUCUCAAAAAAUCAUUUGAAUGGAGAGCUUCCUUCUAAUUUUGGCAAGCUUAAAGGUUUGCAGUUUCUUAAUCUGUCCAAUAACAAUAUCAACGGUACUAUUCCAAGUACUUUGUGGGAAAUAAGUAAGCUAGCAGUGCUGGACCUUUCUUCAAACGGCAUUUCUGGAAAUAUCCCUUUGGAGCUUGAAUCUCUAUGCUACUUGGGAUCUUUAAAUUUGUCCAACAACCACCUAUCGGGAAGCAUACCGCAAGGAGUAUUGAUGAUGACAUUUGGCCAGUCAUCUCAUUCAGGGAAUCCAAAUUUAUGGGGCUGUCCACUUGUGAAGAAUUGUUCUUGGCCACAAUUUGCUCCACCUGUUUCUAUUACUGAUGACGAAGAUGACAGUAAAGAGAAGAGAAAGAAAAUACCAUGGUAUGGGAUUAGACAGGGAUUUUCACAUGGAGUGGUUUUUGCUGGUUUACUGUUAUUACUUGUGGUGAGAAAGAGUUGGAGACAGAAGUUUUUCAAGGGGGUUGACAUGACUGUGAACUUUUUGUGUCCUUUCUUCUACAAUAGGCGAUUAUGA